CCAUCUUCUAUCACCAUCUCGAUCCAUACCGCUCGCACCCAUUCACUUGCACGCCUUUCCCUCUCCAUCUCGGUUACUUCCCACAGCCAACCAUAGAUCGCAGUCCUGCCCUAGCUAGAGACCAUAGCCUCAAUAGCAACCUUUUGCGAGGACCGAGCGUCCGGCACACAACCACAUUCGCAUCACACUGCAUUUCUCACCUCCACCUGAGUGCUCCAGGACGCCCUGGCUUAUGGUACGCCCGGCUCUCGUCUAGCUACCUCACCUACUGCACUGCGAAUCUCACCUUUACCCUACAGAUUGAAAAGAUGGGCAAGAAGACGGACAAGCUGUACAUCACCCAUGGCGAGCACUCGGGUUUCUUUGGGCAGCAUUCCGCAGGGAGCGUAGGCAACAAGGCUGCUCUCUCAUCCGCCCAUGAUGGCAUGCAAGCGCUACCCUUUGAUUGCUGCGCUCUCACGCUGGCUCCAUGGACCAAUCCUGUGUGCACAAGGGAAGAGGGAACCAUCUUCGAGUUGACUCACGUCAUACCGUACCUCAACAAGUACGGCACAAAUCCUGCUACUGGGCAAGCAAUGCAGAUCAAGGAUCUAGUCAAGCUCAAUUUUCACAAGAACGAGAACGGCAAAUACCAUGAUCCUGUGUCUUUCAAGGAGUUCAACGAGCAUACACACCUCGUGGCUGUUAGCACGACAGGCAACGUCUUCUCCUGGGACACUGUCCACUCGCUCAACAUCAAAGCCAGACAUAUGGUCGACCUGAUUUCAGAUGAGCCAUUCAAGAAGUCAGAUCUAAUAACGCUGCAGGACCCGCAUGGUAUGGGUGAGGCGUCGAGUUCUGGGGCUUCAAAGCCUCACAAGAGAAGUCUGUCGGAGAUGCAUCAUGUGAAGCACGGGCACGUGGUACCUCAGGCCAGCGAUUCCUUGCAAGAGAUCAACACCAGUGCAGCAGGUGGAGCGUCGAAGCUGCUGGAUCGUGUUCGAGCAUCACAGCCUAGUUCCUCCGCCUCCAACAUUGCGGCACCCGCACCGCCGGCACUUGCGAACAUAGGAACAGCAAAAAAAGCGGUGCCCUACAACGCUACUUCGGCAUCCACGGGCAUGACUGCAGCCAGCUUUACGUCAAGCGGCCUGACGCCAGUGACCAAAAGCGAGAGGCAAACUAUCAAUGAGGAAGAAUUUAUGCUGGAAAAAGUGGCUGCUGGAGAAGGGCUUGGAGCGGCUUGGAACAAGGGGAAGAAGAAGGCCAGUCCGAGGGCUUUUGUUCGGGUCACUACGAACUUUGGCCCCAUCAAUGUGGAGCUCUACUGCGAUAAGGCACCAAAAACGUGUUACAACUUCCUGACGCUGGUGAAAAGGGGAUACUAUGACGAUACGGUCUUCCAUCGUCUAAUACCAGGAUUCAUGGUACAAGGCGGCGAUCCGACUGGAACUGGUAGAGGCGGUGCUAGCAUGUGGGACCAACCUUUCAGAGACGAACUGGAUUUGCCCGGCGCGCUCAGGCAUGAUUCCCGAGGCUCGCUGAGCAUGGCAAACAAGGGUCCCGCGACGAAUGGUAGUCAGUUCUUCUUCACCUUCCGGGACCAGAUCUCAAGCCUCGACCACAAACAUACCGUUUUUGGAAAGAUGCUUCCAGGCGAACCUACAUUGGACAACAUCGAGCGCGUGCCUACCGAGAAGGGCACAGAUCGGCCGCUCAGGAGUGUGCGAAUCUUCGAGAUCAGAUGUCUCGACGAUCCUUUCGAGGCUUACAAAGCAGAGCUCGCUAGGCAGCAGAGUAGAGACAGUGUGGAAGAAGUCGCGAAGCGGGAAGAGAAGAGGAAGCGGAGAGAGGAAGAUCGGACCACCUGGCUGGGCACCAACCUUGGGGAGAAGAGGCAGCGAAGCGCUCUCGGGGAGGAAUCGGAGCUGGGAGCGAUGGGUACGGCAUCUGGCGUUGGCAGAUACAUGAAGGCCACGACGAGCGUACAGAAGGAUGGAGUAGACCAGCAGGGCGAACCGAUCGGGGAAUCUUUUGCGAAGCGAAAGAAGAAAGCGACGGCUUCUGACGGUGGCUUUGGUGACUUUUCGGGCUGGUAGGGGAACCCUUGAAGACGGCGUUCUUAUUCCGUAGUGCGCAGCUCACCGAGUGCAAUAUUCAACGAUGUCCCCACUGUGUGUGACCAAUUGUAUCGUGCGCUCAAGCAGACGAUACUGUUGAACUUGAUUUAUCGAUGCCAGAACAGAAGCGGCCUCUGAGCUGAAAG